AGCACGCAGGCGAUCAUGCAGGCGUGGAAGAACGCGUGCGGCGCCACUGGGACGCAGAAGAUCGUCAUCCCGGAGGGGAACUUUCUGAUUGGCGCUCUGGAGCUGUCGGGGCCCUGCACGUCCAGCAUCAUCAUCCGCCUCGACGGCAACCUCCUCGGCACCGGCGACCUCAACGCCUACAAGAAGAACUGGAUCGAGUUCAUGCGCGUCGACAACUUCGCCGUCAACGGCCACGGCACCAUCGACGGCCAGGGCCCCCUCGUCUGGGGGAAGAACGAGUGCAACAAGAACUACAACUGCAAGAUCCUCCCCAACAGCCUGGUGCUGGACUACGUGACGAACGCGUCGAUCCGCGGCGUGACGCUGAAGAACGCCAAGUUCUUCCACCUCAACCUCUUCAACUGCAAGAACGUGCUGGUGGAGAAGGUGAACAUCACGGCGCCAGGCGACAGCCCCAACACGGACGGCAUCCACAUGGGCGACUCCGAGAACGUGACCAUCAAGUCCACCAACAUCGCCGUCGGCGACGACUGCAUCUCCAUCGGCCCCGGCACCAAGCACGUCAAGAUCCACGGCUCCCGCUGCGGCCCCGGCCACGGCAUCAGCGUCGGCAGCCUCGGCCGCUACAAGGACGAGAAGGACGUCGAGGACAUCGAGGUCACCAACUGCACCAUCAAGGGCGCCACCAACGGCCUCCGCAUCAAGUCCUACGAGGACUCCAAGUCGCAGCUCAAGGCAACCAAGUUCGUCUACGACCAGGUCGUCAUGGACAACGUCUCAUACCCCAUCAUCAUCGACCAGAAGUACUGCCCCAACAACAUCUGCUCCAAGACCGGCUUAUCCAAGGUCACCGUCAACGACAUCGUCUUCAAGAACAUCGUCGGCACCUCCGCCACGCCAGAGGCCGUCACCCUCAACUGCGCAAACAACCUCCCAUGCCAGGGUGUGCAGCUCGUCAACGUCAACCUCAAGUACACCGGGACACACAACAAGACCAUGGCCGUCUGCCACAACGCCGUCGGCAAGUCCAGCAACGUCGUCAAGGAGCUCGCAUGCCUCUAG